AUAAACAUUAGUAGUUUUUAUGAUUUUUGGACUUACAAGAUAUUAUUUGAUGGAGAGGACAUAAUGUUUUUAUUGCUUUGAAGAAAUUCAUUAACCCAUAAAUGAAUGAAUGAUUACUAUUAUGAUGUAAAGGAAGAUGAGGAAUUGGAUUGAAUGUAUUUUAUAUUCUAUUUUCUUGAAAAAUACAGACAAAUCCACACUAUUCAACAGGGAUCAUGGAAAAUAAAAAAACUGAUGGUGUUUCUGUACAAGAAAAAAACCAGGCGUGGAGUAAAAUUACUGCGAAAUUUAAUGCAGCUUGCCUUGAAGGGAGGCAUCGAACAAUGGACUCCUUGAAAAAGCUAUUUGACAAUAAAAAAAGGGAGCUGCGGAAACCGAAGGCAGAAAUACUUAAAACUGGUGGUGGGCCUUCACAGAGAACUGGUAAUACAUCCCAAGAUUUACUCUUCUCCAUAGUGGAUCCACUCACUGUUGUUGGUGGAACAACUUCAUAUGGGUCAGGCAGCAGAUUUCUGCUUUAUGAGAAAAAUCAAGACCCCUUGGAAUAUGAAGUAAAGGCCAUUGAACAUGUAGGUCCCAAUGAACAUCAAAAGGAAAACGAAAUGAAUAUGUUUGAUGAUCAGGUCAUCACUGAAUCAUCGCAACUGAUGGAAGAUGGGAAUCAAGGAAACAAUUUCAGGAGUAUGGAGCAACUAGCAGAUAUAUCAAGGGGAUGGAAGAAAGGGUCAGAUUUGGAAAAACCUGUUUCAGCACGAUUGAGGCGAUCUAUCAGUAAACCAGCACAAAGUGAUAAGGCUGAAAGCCAAGCAAGCAAACGUGCUAAUACCUGCAAGCCAUCAAAUCGUAGAAGACCUACUGAGACAGUCAUAAGGUAACUGUCAUCAGUCCAGCUCGCUGAAAAAUACAACUUGUUGGUUGAUAAAAAGAAUGUUAUUGCAGACCAUGCUCAGAAGAAGCUCGAACAAGAAUUGAACAUGAAUUAAGGGUACCAGCGUUAAAAUAUGACAUAGAAAUUGAAAAGAUUCAAUUAGACUCACUAAGGCCCGAGGCAGAGUGACACAUGAUUUCCAAGACUAUUUUAUUAAUGGUUUGCUGUUUUUUUUUGUAUUCUAUACCUGUUUUUUUGAAAAAUGAGAUUUAACUCUUAAGUACCAAAGUGUUAUGUUUGUUACAUAAGUACAGAUGUGACUAGGCUAGACCACAACAAUUUUACUAAUCAAGAACAGUUGUUUCUUCAUAUUCUACUUAAACAAAUGUUGCAAUGUCUUAAUAUUUUGUUAUUUUGAAAAUAAAACAAAAUUUACAUUUACUACUAAUUAUAAAUAUUAAUAUUGGUCAUACUUUUUGGAAAUAUAAAACUGUCUAUCAGACCAUACAUUGGUACUUAAGAGGCUAAUCACUAAUGUACUUAUUUCCUUGGAAGUGUUUAAGUUGUAGCAUUUGGCUAUUCAAAUCACUACUAUACUG